AUGACCCCAUCGACGGCGGAUUUUGCGGCAUCGACUGUUGAUCACUCCAAGUUACAUGAAAACUUUGUAUGUGAUGGCUGUGAGGGCAGAAUUUAUGAUAUCCGUUACAAAUGUCUUAAGUGCGCCGACUUCGACCUAUGUUUUCGUUGCUUCACCGAAGAAAAACACUCAGAACAUCCUUUCGGCGCCGUGCGUUAUAACGAAGGGCAACGACACUUAAUUGAUGACAUUUUUAAUUUAUCUCAGGCUAUUAUUUCUCACACAUACGAUAUAAGCCUUGCUAGAUCAGUUGGAACUCAGACGCUGACAUAUUAUACACAAGAACAAACAUCGAGUGAUAUUGCUACGUCGCUCCCUGUCAGGACCCCGCGACCUCCCUCUUCCCCAACCGGUGGGGCUGCGGAAUGGGAGGUGUUGAGCGAUGACUCGGAUUCCGACUAUGUGUUUGGCAAUGAAUUUUCCGCCGUGAAGAAGCCUGCUAAACCGUUGUUACCACCAAUAGAAUCCCGGUUAACUGAGUCUUCGCCGGACUCGCACACAGGCGAAGAUCCCAAAAAAUCCACAAAUUAUUCACUUUCGAUCGGGUCUGUAAACACAACAGAGUGCCAGAGUUACACACAUUUCACGCAGAGUGAACCAGAAAAUUAUCUCCAGGAGUGUACUAGUUCAGUCAUGCAAAAUCCUAAACAGUGUAUAUCAUCGCAGACUUCAAAGCUGCUAAACGAACAGAUUCAGUCGCCACCACGAAUGCGUAUAGCCACUAGUUCCGUGGGUUAUUUUGAGGAUGGCACUUGCGAGCCAGCAAGCAGGCUAAGACACACAGGCGUUUCCACAACAACAUCAACUGAUUCAGACCCAGAUUCGCCAUCCUGGAACUUGAGGACCGCCGUUCAAGAAGCCCUUAAAGGUCAUGCUGACUAUAUUGUCGAUGCAUUCCGGAAACUCGGGUUGUCUGCUGCUCCCACUACACCCGCUGACGAGCUCAAAAAACUUUUGGAUGCUGGCUAUUCAAACGAGGAUGGCAUUCUUACAUUCCUCUUGUCUGAAAAUGGGAACAAUGCUGCGGCUGUCCUCAAUAUAAUUAAUCAACAGAACAUCUGA